UGGAAUCGCUUGUUGCGCCGUACCGGUUUAUCACCAAUAAAUACUGAUGGGUUAUCAGUAAUCAUUUCAAAGUGACACAGAGACAUCGGGUUAACCUUCAGCAGCGUUUUUAUGACCUUGAACACAACUUUUGAUCACAAACAGCAAAGAAUGAAAUCCCUCGUCCACUGACCUCCUCUAAACAAGGAUUUCUUUCCUGGAUAAUUUCCCCUCUGAACGCCUCGGAUGAAGCUCCAGUUUUUGAAGAGAGGGGGGAAUCCAGCCCACAUAUUUAUUGCAGCCGCUGAAAAAAAAUCUCCUCAAUAUCCCCCAAGAUGGCCGCCGAUGUAGGAUCGAUGUUUCAAUAUUGGAAGAAAUUUGAUCUCCGGCGGCUCCAGAGGGAGCUAAACUCUGUGGCGUCUGAACUGGCCGGCCGACAAGAGGAGAGCGAACAUUCCCACAAAAACCUGCUGGAGCUGAGCAGGGAGUUCAAGAGAAAUGUCCCUGAGGAGGUCCGGGAGAUGGUGGCACCUGUUCUCAAGAGUUUCCAGAACCAGGUGGUUGCUCUGAACAAGCGCAGCAAGGAGGCCGAGUCGGCAUUCCUGGGAAUCUACAAACAGCUUAUCGAGGCCCCGGAUCCAGCUCCGGUGCUGGAGGCCUCACACACCCUGGAGGAAAGGCUGCAGCACCUGCACAGCGAGGCCCCCGACAGCGAGGCCCUGGUGCGAGAAAUCAGCGGGCACUGGAAGAAACACCUGGAGUGCCUUCAGCGGACAGAGUCCUCAGAAGACGGCCCCGCAGCCUCAGGGGCCACAGGGACCGACGAGGCCCCAGGAUCAGGCUCUCCAGCCUCCCUGAUGACGCCCAACAGCACACCGGGCCCCGGGGCCCCCGGAUCCCCGCAGCAGAACCACCAGGACCGAGGAGUAACUGAGUGUUUUUCUCUCAGGGAUGAGGAGGAGAGCACCAACGUGGGUCUGUCUGACCGACUAUCGGUGGCGCAGGAGAAGAUCAAAGUCCUGCAUUCAUCUUUGAACGCUGCACAGACAGAGCUGCUGGACCUGCGGUGUAAAUACAACCAGGAGAGGACCACCAAGGCGGAGGAGGUCGACGCCAUCGUGCUGAACCUGGAGAAAGCGAACCAGAGAGCGGAGAAGGCCCAGAGGGAGGUGGAGAGGCUAAAGGAACAGCUAUCCACAGCAGGGAGGGGUCAUCCAGCAGAGGACGGCAGCAGCAGGGAGCAGGGUGAGCAGGCGGAGGCGCUGCCCUCCCAGCUGGAGGCCGCUCUGCUGGUCAAAGACCGAGAGAUCCUCCGUCUGCUGGAGAACAUCCAGCGGCUGCAGUUCACCCUGCAGGAGGUGCAGGAGAGCUCGGCCAAUCAGAUGCUAGAGCUGGAGCGCCAGCUGGCCUAUAAGACGGAAGCUAUCGAGAGAUUAGAAGCUAAACUGCAAUCCCAGAUGGAUUAUGAAGAGAUUAAAACUGAACUCAGUAUCCUAAAGGUGAUGAAGCUGGCUUCAGCAAACGGCAGCUCGUCGCAGGAGUCUGCUAAAGCUGCAGAGGCCAUUCUUCUGGACAAAGAAGCCUUUCUUCCAUCCCACAAAUACCUGGUGGAUAAAGCCCGCAUUUUGCACAACAUUGAUGAUGACCGGUCUGAUGACACAGGUAGGGAGUCAGCCAGGCCCCCUCCCUCCCUCUCCUCCUCCUCCCACCUGGACGGCCGUGCCUCCCCCAGCCCCGGCCCCCUCACCCUGGACGGCUCCUCCUCCAGCCACGACCUCCCCCUCCGCCCGUUCUCCGUCUCCCCCUUAUCCGUCGACAGACUGUCCGGAGACCACGUCCUCCACAAGCAGGUCCUCUCACCUCACUUUAAGAAGGAGGGCCUCAUGGCGUUCCCCACCGCCCUCUAUGCAGCUAAAGUGGCCCUCAUGUCGGUGUCCAGCAGCGGGGACGCCGGCUUACCCAGCGACCAAUCAGAAAGCGGCAGCUCGACGGCGGGCGACGAGGACCAGCUGGACACGGCGGAGAUCGCCUUCCAGGUGAAGGAGCAGCUGCUGAAGCACAACAUCGGGCAGCGGGUGUUCGGGCACUACGUGCUGGGGCUGUCGCAGGGCUCCGUCAGCGAGAUCCUGGCCCGGCCCAAACCCUGGAGGAAGCUGACAGUGAAGGGGAAGGAGCCGUUCAUCAAGAUGAAGCAGUUCAUCUCCGACGAGCAGAACAUCCUGGCUCUGAGGACCAUCCAGGUCCGGCAGAGAGGGAGCAUCACUCCUCGCAUCCGAACUCCUGAAACUGGGUCAGACGACGCCAUCAGGAACAUCCUGGAGCAAGCCAAGAAGGAGAUCCAGUCCCAGCGGGGAGGCGACGGGAAGUCGUCUCUGCUCAGCUCGUCGGGCCGCAGCAGCAAAGGGCCGGGCAGCAGCUCCGACGACACCAUCAAGAACAUCCUGGUGCAGGCGAGGAGGGAGAUGGAGGCGCAGCAGCACGCCCUCAUGGAGAUGGAGGUCUGCGGGAGGGCCCCGUCCGCCGGAUCAGGACCUCAGGUGGAGCGUCUGGGGCCCCCGGAGCGCUCCAGAGGCCUGCAGAGACCCAUGUCCAUCAAACAGGAGGAGGGGGGCUGCAUCACGGUCUGCAUGGCCAACCCCAUCAGCAGCCCGCAGACCCCCCUCAGCGUCCUCUCCCCCGCCGCCUUCGUGCAGAACAUCAUCCGAAAAGUGAAGUCUGAGAUCGGGGAGGUGGGCACCUACUUCGACCAGCACUGGUCCCACGAGCGGGGGUCCAUGGUGCUCAGCGGCGGAGGAAGCUCUCUGCCCUUUAACUCCGUCUCCCCCUCGCUGUCUUCCACCUCGUCCUCCGGGCCCCCCGUCCUGCCCCGGCCGUGGCCCCGCCUGGAGAACGGAGAGUGCCACCCCAACAGCGAGGAGGCGUCGGCGGCCGAGGAGGAGCUCCAGCCGAUGGAGGUGAAGGUAGAGUCGGACACGUCGGUGAGCGGGGAGUCUCCGGGCCCCGGACCGCGCGGGCUCUCUUACUACCCUGCCUACAUCCCCCGGGCCCUGAAGCCCACCGUCCCCCCGCUGACCCCUGAGCAGUACGAGAUGUACAUGUACCGGGAGGUAGACACCCUGGAGCUCACCCGGCAGGUGAAGGAGAAGCUGGCCAAGAACGGCAUCUGUCAGAGGAUCUUCGGAGAGAAGGUGCUGGGUCUGUCUCAGGGCAGCGUGAGCGACAUGCUGUCCCGACCCAAACCCUGGAGCAAGCUAACUCAGAAGGGCCGCGAGCCGUUCAUCCGCAUGCAGCUGUGGCUCCUCGACCAACUGGGCCAGAGCCUCAACCCGCCCCCCCACCACGGACUCACUCUGGAUAAGAGCCCAGUGACGGCCCAGUCCUCGCCCUCGCCGCCCCCGUCCCCUGCAGAGAGCCACCCCAGCCCCCUGGAGCCCGGCAGCCUGUCUCUGGAGAGCAGCAAGGAGAACCAGCAGCCGGAGUGCCUGGUCCUGCCCCCCCACCCCGACGGAGGGAAGUCCACCCCCGGCCUCAUGGCCCUGCAGCAGCCCUCCAACCCGCUGGGCAUCCAGGAGCUGGUGGCCAUGUCCUCGGAGCUCGACACCUACGCCAUUACCAAGAAGGUGAAGGAGGUUCUGACGGACAACAACCUGGGCCAGCGUCUGUUCGGGGAGACCAUCCUUGGCCUGACGCAGGGCUCCGUGUCCGACCUGCUCUCCAGACCCAAACCCUGGCACAAGCUGAGCCUGAAGGGCCGGGAGCCGUUCGUCCGCAUGCAGCUGUGGCUCAACGACCAGCACAACGUGGACAAGCUGCGGGCCAUGAAGAAGAUGGAGAAGAAAGCGUACCUGAAGAGGCGCUACGGUUUGCUGAGCACGGGUUCGGACAGCGACUCCCCGAGCACCCGGUCCGAGUGUGUGAGCCCGGCGCUGGCCUCGCUGGACCUCUGCCCCUACAACCAGACCAAGAAGGCUCGGGUGGUGCUGGGGGCCGAGGAGAAGGAGGCCCUGAGGAAGGCCUACCUCCUGGAGCCCUACCCCUCCCAGAACACCAUCGAGAUCCUGGCCUCACAGCUCAAACUGAAGACCAACACCGUCAUCAACUGGUUCCACAACUACAGGUCCCGGAUGCGGCGGGAGGUUCUGAUGGAGGGUCUGCCGGACAACGACACGGAUGCCGAGCCUCACAGCUACUCCCCCUCAGCGACGCGGAGCCCCCCCUCCGACGGAGAGGACCGGAGGCCGCCCUCAGGACACAUCCACGCCGCACUGCCUCGCGUCAAGCAGGAAGAUGAGGAGCCGAAGCCGUCCCGGGUCCAGUGCUUCUCCACCGCCGUGCAGUUCCCGCAGCUGAAGAGCGAGCACGAGGAUGCGAUCUCAGGCUACCGUGAGCCCCACCUGGAGGGGAUGAGCAGCCCGGGUCAGGGCCUGUACGUAGACGGCCCCCAGAGGAACAGCCAGUCCAGGCACGAGGGGGGGGACGAGUCCGGGAAGUCCCCUGUGGACCCGGUCAGCUUCAAGGCUUCGUCGGAGCCGUGCCGCAGCAGCCUGGAAGUUUCCCUCAACUCCCCCUCCGCCGCGUCCUCCCCCGGCCUCAUGAUGUCAGUCUCUCCUGUCCCUUCCUCCUCCGCCCCCAUAUCGCCCAACCCCCCCUCCACGAGCACCAAUCACAGCCUGGACCCCAGCCAGCUGCAAAGCCCCAAACUCAACAGAAGCACUCAGAGACGCAACGAGAAAAUGGCCAACCUCAACAACAUCAUCCACAGGUUAGAGAGGGCGGCCAAUCGAGAAGAAACUCUGGAGUGGGAGUUUUAA